AUUUUAAUUGAUUGUGUACAUAUAUUAUCCCGUGCUCACAACAAGUGUGUUUAGGUAGAUCUGUAAUAAUAAUCACACAUAUAGUAUAAGAUUGUAACUUUGGUCAGUGAUCAUUACAUUAUCCUUCUUAUUUUAGAAAACAAGCACAAGAAAGUGCUAAGGAAGCUUUACUAUCAUGAAGCCCCUUUGUCUUUCUUCUCCUUAUGUUCUUCCUUCCUUACUUAUCCGUUUCUUGUUAAUAUUUAUCGUGACCUUGAAAACAAUGGCGUUGGUGAAACUGCCACCAAAUAUUUCAGUUCCAGCACUUUUGGUGUUUGGAGAUUCGAUUGUAGACACUGGCAACAAUGACAACAACUUGCUAACAAGUGCUCGUUGCAAUUUCCCACCAUAUGGUAAAGACUUUAAGGGAGGAAUGCCAACCGGCAGAUUUAGCAACGGAAAGGUGCCGUCUGACAUUAUAGCUGAAGAAUUAGGCAUUAAGGAGCUUCUACCAGCAUACUUGGAUCCAAAAUUGCAACCUCAUGAGUUACCAACUGGAGUGUGCUUUGCAUCCGGUGGCGCAGGAUAUGAUCCUGUGACAUCAGAAACUGCGGCUGCUAUUUCUUUAACCGGUCAACUAGACUUGUUCAAAGAGUACACAAGCAAGUUAAGAGGACUAGUUGGAGAGAACAAAACAAACUUCAUCCUAGCCAACAGUGUUUUUCUUGUGGUCUUUGGUAGCAAUGACAUUGCCAACACAUACUUCUUGUCGCGAAUUAGACAAGUGCAAUAUGAUUUUCCUUCUUACGCUGACUUCAUAGUCCACUCAGCUUCUGAUUUCUUAAAGCUAGUCACUAAAUCACUUCCAAGAAGAAGUUUUCACCAGCUUAGAGUGGUAAUGGAAGUUCGAGAACAACACGUUAAGAAUGAGUAUGUUUUGUAAUGUGUUGAUUGUUAAGUGGAAAUCAAAUACUACUGGUGGAGGGUUACUUGUGUUUGACGUUAUCGAUGUUAGAUAAGUGAGUGCUUAGUGAAGUGAUUAAAUUGAGUAGUUAUGAAUCUUUUAUAAUUUUAGCAAUCACUUAUUGUUAUUUAACUAUUUAUUUUGCUCAUUAUUAGCAUGUCUAGGCCAGCUUCUCUCCAGAAGCUAUUCACCAAAUCUUGUACAUGCAGAAAAUUGAUUCUGGUUUUAGAUAUAGUUGUACAAGUAUUUUCAAAUAUGCAAUACAAUAGAUGUAAUUUUUUGUUAUGAAAUUCGUGCUAAUGUCCAUUUAUACUAGUGUCAACGAGAAUUCAAACAUGUAUUCACAUUUUAGUAUGUUUGCUGCUGUAGAUGGGUUUGCUUUGCAUUAUUUUGGGAUGACCCCUGUUUUCUCUGUUUUUUUUUUACCUGACUAUUUGUACUGUGGGUUGUAACACCCCCUAAGUGUUACCAUUCUUUAAUUCAUUUGGCUUUCCAAAAAAUUGAUUUACCUCACUAUGUACUU